CUAAGUGGAGGGAGGGACACUGAGCUAUAACAAAGAGAGGAAGAGAAGGAGGGAAAAGGGGGUGAGCUGUUGCAUAGUGAGGAAAGGAAAUACAUACCAUAUCUAGUGGCGGAAAAUAGCUCAGCUGGCGAGGGGUACUUGUACAGAGGAACACACACCCAUACACACACAGGCAAGCAAACUUGAUGGCAAAAAGCAGCCGCUGAGCAGAGAGGGACUGAGAGAAGGAGACAGACAGAAAGACAGAGAGAGUAGUGACAGAGGGAAAGACAGAGAGGACAGAUGAGCAGCAGCUGCCAUGCUGUGAGGACGGGUUUGCAGGGAGAGUGAGAGAGCAGUGCAGGACUAGCCGAGAAGCAGGGUCAGCACCAAGGCUGGACAGGAAGAGCAAGAGGACAUCAAACUUUCUUUGUGGAAGGAUGCAAAUGCUACAAACUUUGGAAUAAACUCUUAAACGAAUGCUGAACUAAUGGAUUUUGGGCCUGUACCACUUUAGUGGAGCUGAUGAGGAUUGGAGAGUUCAGUGCUGAUUGGCUGGGGUGUCUCACCUUGCCACACGGAGGCUGUGUGGAGGCAGGGCUUUAAUGACAUGGAACACUGUGUGGUCUGCUGGGGGGGCGGGGCCUUGGAUGAUCAUUACUUUUACGCCCCUUGGCCGGCUAUUUACCGGGAGCGUCCAUCACGGCCGGUCUCGCAACCUGACCCCGAGGUGGCAGAGCACUUGGCACUGGGCAGUACUGACACCAUUGCCAAUGGCAACAAGGCUGAUUUGCAGGCUGCCAAGCGGCUGGCCAAACGCCUCUACAACCUGGAUGGCUUCAGGAGGUCUGACGUUGCGCGGCACCUCAGCAAAAAUAAUGAGUUUAGCCAGAUGGUGGCAGAAGAAUAUCUGAGUUACUUCAACUUCUCGGGGCUGACUGUGGAUCAGGCACUGAGAGUCUUCCUGAGAGAGUUUGCGCUCAUGGGAGAGACGCAGGAGAGGGAACGAGUGCUGUCCCAUUUCUCCAGAAGGUACCUGCAGUGCAACCCCAACACUAUUCCCAAUGAAGACAGCGUCCACACUCUGACCUGUGCUCUGAUGCUGCUGAACACAGACCUUCAUGGCCAUAAUGUGGGGAAGAGGAUGUCCUGUGCGCAGUUCAUAUGCAAUCUGGAGGGGUUAAACGACAGCCAGGACUUCCCCAAAGACCUGCUCAAGGCACUCUACAACUCCAUCAAGAAUGAGAAGCUGCAGUGGACCAUUGAUGAAGAGGAGCUGCGUAAGUCUUUCUCAGAGCUGGCCGACAGCAGGACGGACUCCGCGUCCCACACUAUGAAGCGGAUCAGCAGUGGAGGAAACCCUCUAGUGAGUCUGGCUCAGCAGUCCAGCGCUCAGGUCUAUAAGAACGGCUUCCUCGUUCGCAAAGUCCACGCUGACCCUGACGGCAAGAAAACCCCUCGAGGUAAGAGAGGAUGGAAGUCGUUUUAUGCCAUCCUGAAAGGACUGGUCCUCUACCUGCAGAAGGGUGAAUAUCGAGCAGAUAAGCAGCUGUCUGAUGAGGAUUUGAAGAACGCUGUGUCCAUCCACCACUCGCUGGCUAUGAGAGCAGCAGACUACAGCAAGAGACCUAAUGUUUUUUACCUGCGCACUGCUGACUGGAGAGUCUUCCUUUUCCAGGCUCCUAAUGCAGAGCAGAUGCAGUCGUGGAUCACCCGCAUCAACACGGUGGCAGCCAUGUUCUCCGCUCCUCCCUUCCCAGCAGCCAUCGGCUCCCAAAAGAGGUUCAGCAGGCCUCUCCUGCCGGGCUCCAGCACCAAGCUCUCCCAGGAGGAGCAGCUGCAGGCUCAUGAGGCGCGCUUCAGAGCCAUUUCCUCUGAGCUGCAGGAGCUGCGCUCUGUUCCUCAAGAGCGGAAGACUAAAGGGAAGGAUCAGGACGAGGGCAAGCAGAGAGAGGAGUACCUGGAUUUCGAGAAAACACGCUAUGGGACAUACGCCAUGCUACUGAGAGCCAAGAUCCGCACGGGAGAGUCAGACCUGGCUGCAUUUGAGUCUCGUCUGUUUGUGGACGGGGGGCUGCAGAGAGCCCACUCCAGCCCCACGUUGCCCCAGGACAGCAGCCAUGCGAGCAGCAGCGGCAGCAGCAGCGGAAAGAAGAGCAAGCGCGGUGAAGGCCAGAGACACAGCUACAAACAAGCUGUCAAACAGUGAGCCCAACACACAGGACGCUUCGUCACCUUUAGGGUAGAUCAGGUCCAGACUGAGGGGCUGAGGUCAGCGUCGGGCACAGAGAUGAGCAAACGUUAGUGGUUUGCAUCAUUAGGCUGCACCUUGUCCAGUCAGCUCCUCUUGAUGGGGCUUGGCCAGCGCUGGAGGACGUGGUGGCUGCUGGAGGAGUUUAGUAUGAUCAGUUCUCUUUCUCUCUCUCCUGUCAAACGCAGAUUUUCCUGCUCAGUGACUACAGCCCUAAACCUUCAGAGGGCAGAUGAGAUGCUUCUUUGCAUUUGCGUUCCUUUCUUUAGGUCCGCUUCACCCUCUCUCAGUCCGACAUAUAUGCUGUACACAUGGCAUUGACUGCUUACACCUUUGUGUGCAUAUUUGUGGCAUUUUGUUUAAUCAAACAAGAUGCCUGUGCAAGCCAAGUACAAGACUGUGAGACAACACAUUUCAAAUGCUAUUAGCGCUGUAUUUAUUUCCAUUAAUCCCAGUCUUGGAGCUGGAGAUGAGGAUCAGUGUUCAGUGCGAAAUGUUUUCGCAUUUUGGUCAGCUGCAUUACAUUUGUGCUCCCUUUUAUCUUCUGCACACCUGAAUGGAUUCCUUUUCUUUGAUUUCUAGUUUUUCAAAGAAACUUACCAUUCCUGUUUUCUUCUUUUGUCUUCUUACUCAAACACAUCUUUGGGAGUUGUAGAAAAAAUGAACCUGUAUAGUCCUUGAAAGCCUUUGAACUCUUGUUUCAGAGCAUGCUUGUGAUGUAAAGACAAUCAAUUCCCUCAUUGGGUCCUUGCAUUACAAUUCCCAUUAUAUGUAUUGUACAUGUUUUGUAUGUUGGUUUGUUUUCACCAUAAAAACUGUAUGGUAAGGUUGGCUUUGAGCUGGCAACAGCUCAGCAGGAGAGUACACCAGCCAACUGAGUGCAGGUAAAAGAACCAGGUGAACUGUAUUGCUUUAGUGUUCAUGUUCAGUUUGUACAUAUAAUCAGAUUUAUGCUGAAUUUAUGAAUAAGGAUGUAUGGAAAAACUCAGAUUAGGGGACGUAAGAUACGGAAAAAAAAGACCCUCUAAUCGUGGCAAAGCCAUUCUCUUCUCAGGCAUCCAUGUUCAAGUACUGCAGCAAUGCCACAUUUCUGCCAACCGAGGGGGCAAUAGAAGCAAAUCAGUUUGGAAAAACAACCUACAUUACCUCAGCUGCAUUUGGAGAUGAUCUAUUUAUUUCAGACUGACAUGAAUAAUAUCACCAGUUGAUGGGUAGAUAUUUAAAUGUGACUGAAUUUCUGUGAAGUGUUUCUUAAUGGUAUGAAGUUGGACAACUUUCAUAACCUCAUGAAUUCCUGAUGAAAUCAGACACUAAAGCUAAAAAUCCAAUAUAUUGUAAAAUCCAUUAACUAGCACUGCAAUGCAUAAAUGAGUCAUUGAGAUCUAAACUGACUGUUAGCACUGCCAUCUUAUGAAUGAACGUUUACGGAGUAAAUGCAUACAUGCAGUUCAGGCGUAUGUAAAUCAUCACUUCUGACUUAAAACUAUGUAGAGCCUAAAUCCCAUCACUAGCACUUCAAUCAUGUGAUGCCCUAUUGCACUUUGGGUAAUGCUUGCGUAGGUUUUAUUGAAUGAGCUAAGAGUUAUUUAUAUAUUUUGGACAUUUAUAAUUCAUGUCUCUUGUUGAGUAUUUGUUUAUGAUUAAAAUGUAUUGACUUAAAAAGAAGUUUUACGUACUGUUUUUACAGGGUUAUAUAUACAUUAUAAUACUGUUACUUUUUUGUUAGCUGUGUUGCUUUUAGUUGUACAUACUGUGGAUAUUAUGUUAAUUUGUUCUGUAAGAAAAAUACUCUAUUGUUUGUAUGUUUCAAAGGCAUAGAUAUAAAAUAAAAUGUUAAAAUGA